CGGAGGCAGGAGGAGGGCGCGCGCACAAAGUUUGUGCGGCGGCGGGUGCGCGGCGGGCGGCUCGCCGGCUCCGGAGCGGCGGGUGGGCGGCCCGAGGGCGGGGAGGCCCGGGGCGAGGGCCGCGCUGGCGGCGGCGGCGGCCGUGCCGAGGCGAUGCGCCCCGCCGAGCCCGUCCCGCCGCGCUAGGUGAGCCGUCCGCACGCGCGGCCGCGGCCAUGGGCACCCUGGGCAAGGCGCGAGAGGCUCCGCGGAAACCUUCCCAUGGCUGCAGAGCUACCCCGAAAGCAAAACUAGAGGCGAAGCCAGCCAGCAGCCCCUUCCCCUCCCAUCCCAGCCUGGCCCAGAUCACCCAGUUCCGGAUGAUGGUGUCUCUGGGACAUUUGUCCAAAGGAGCCAGCCUGGACGAUCUCAUCGACAGCUGCAUUCAGUCGUUUGAUGCAGAUGGAAACCUGUGUCGAAGUAACCAACUGCUGCAAGUCGUGCUGACCAUGCACCGAGUUAUCAUUUCCUCCGCGGAGCUGCUCCGGAAAGUGAUCAUCCUAUAUAAGGAUGCCUGGGCCAAGAAGUCACCAGGGCUGUGCCUGAAGAUCUGCUACUUUGUAAGGUAUUGGAUAACGGAAUUCUGGACCAUGUUCAAAAUGGAUGCCACCUUGACAAACACCAUGGAGGAGUUUCAGGAGCUGGUGAAGGCUAGUGGGGAGGAGUUACACUGCCGCCUGAUCGACACAACUCAAAUCAACGCCCGUGACUGGUCCAGGAAACUUACUCAAAGGAUAAAAUCGAACACCAGCAAGAAACGGAAAGUCUCCCUGCUCUUUGACCACCUGGAACCGGAAGAGCUGUCGGAGCACCUCACCUACCUGGAGUUCAAGUCCUUCCGGAGGAUCUCCUUCUCUGACUAUCAGAACUACGUGGUGAACAGCUGUGUGAAGGAGAACCCCACAAUGGAGCGGUCCAUAGCGCUGUGCAACGGCAUCUCCCAGUGGGUGCAGCUGAUGGUGCUCAGCCGGCCCACCCCCCAGCUCCGGGCAGAAGUCUUCAUCAAGUUCAUCCAGGUGGCUCAGAAGCUCCACCAACUGCAGAACUUCAAUACUUUGAUGGCUGUGAUAGGCGGCCUGUGUCACAGCUCCAUCUCCAGGCUCAAGGAGACAAGCUCACACGUCCCCCACGAAAUCAACAAGGUCCUGGGUGAGAUGACUGAGCUGCUGUCCUCCUGCAGAAACUAUGACAACUACCGGCGAGCCUACGGGGAGUGCACCCACUUCAAGAUCCCCAUCCUGGGGGUGCACCUCAAGGACCUCAUCUCCCUGUAUGAAGCCAUGCCCGACUACCUGGAGGAUGGGAAGGUGAACGUCCACAAGCUGCUGGCCCUUUAUAAUCACAUCAACGAACUGGUCCAGCUGCAAGAGGUGGCCCCGCCUUUGGAGGCCAACAAGGACCUGGUGCACCUGCUGACGUUAUCCCUCGAUCUCUAUUACACUGAGGAUGAAAUCUACGAGCUCUCCUACGCCCGGGAACCAAGGAACCACAAAGCCCCUCCACUAACACCUUCAAAGCCACCAGUAGUAGUGGACUGGGCCUCUGGAGUAUCUCCCAAACCUGACCCAAAGACUAUAAGCAAGCAUGUCCAGCGGAUGGUGGAUUCUGUCUUCAAGAACUAUGAUCUUGACCAAGACGGGUACAUUUCUCAGGAAGAAUUUGAAAAAAUUGCUGCGAGUUUUCCGUUUUCCUUCUGUGUGAUGGACAAAGACCGGGAAGGCCUCAUCAGCCGGGAUGAGAUCACGGCCUACUUCAUGAGGGCCAGCUCCAUCUACUCCAAGUUGGGACUGGGCUUUCCUCACAACUUCCAAGAGACAACCUACCUGAAGCCUACUUUCUGUGACAACUGCGCUGGAUUUCUCUGGGGAGUGAUCAAACAAGGAUAUCGAUGUAAAGACUGCGGGAUGAACUGCCACAAACAAUGCAAAGAUCUGGUUGUGUUCGAGUGCAAGAAGCGAGCCAAGAACUCAGCAGCUCUCACUGACAAUAACACCUCCGUGGGGCCAACAUUCAAACUCUGCUCAUUGGGAGCCAAAGAUCUGCUCCAUGCACCUGAGGAUGGACCUUUUCCAUUCCCUAAUGGGGAGGCUGUGGAACAAAGUGAAGAGAGUAAAGAUCGGACCAUCAUGCUCAUGGGGGUGUCCUCACAGAAGAUUUCUGUUCGGCUGAAGAGGACUGUCGCCCACAAGGCCACCCAGACCGAAGCACUGCCUUGGAUGGGCAGCGACGGCCCUUCUGGUCCUUUUGCACCAUCUUCCCCAAGGAAGACAGCCCAGGACACUCUGUACGUGCAUCCUAGUCCCACAUCUCCGUGCCCCAGCCCAGUCUUGGUCAGAAAGCGGGCUUUUGUCAAGUGGGAGAAUAAAGAUUCCUUCAUGAAAUCGAAGGAGGAACUCCGCCACCUCAGACUCCCAACUUACCAAGAACUGGAACAGGAAAUAAAUACACUGAAAGCAGAUAAUGAUGCUCUAAAGAUCCAACUGAGAUAUGCACAGAAGAAAAUAGAAAGCCUCCAACUUGCAAAAAGCAAUCAUGUCUUAGCUCAGAUGGAACAGGGUGACAGUUCUUAGCCCAGAAACUCAAGCAGCACAAUCUGUAGAUAAAUGGAUUAGAGAUCUCAUUUCCCAAACCAGUUAACACAAAGAUUGGGGAACCUUAGAGUGACCAGUUUUAAAGGGGGUACUUUAAAAAGGAAAAGCUAGUCUUCCCACCUCCCACCCCCAAUGUGUGAUAUUGUUUUCUCUCUCAGUCAGUUGAAUCAAAGGGGAGGAAAACUGAAAAACGCAAAAUUUUUGCCAUUCAUACCACAAACAUAUUUCCCUGAAACUAAAGGCAAAAGCAUGAUAAAAACAUGACUAUAGUUUUCUAACAAGGUAGCUUCUCUUAUGUGGCCUGCCUGGCUACUGCUUCCUUAGAACUAAAAUCCCUGGAAAAUGAAUUUGCUUCCUUCCCUGGGGUUUUCUGUAAAUUGGGAAAUUUACUUUGUUCCACUCAAAGCUUACUUAUCAUAUUAAAGUAGAUUCACUUCCUGUACAUUCCAGCAUUCUUUAUGAAUCUGGUUCCCGAUUCACUACCUCAAAUCUAAUCAAUUAGCCCUUUCCCCACCCCCAUCCUUCCUCACUGUGCUCAUCAUAUACACAAGGGUAUCUACCUAGAGCUGAACUUCUAGAAUAUAAGUGAAUAUAAGUUCAAAUUGUGGGGGCCUAUUCAACAAUAUGACACUAUCCAGUUGCAUAUCAACUAAUAGUUUGUCACAAAGUCAUAAUAAAAUAAGUAAUCAAAUUAUUGUAAAUACCUGAAAACAUGGCUAUUACCAUUUUAUAUAUGACUUGACUAAUUAGCUAAAAUAAAUGUAAUGCAAACAUGUCUGUCCUCUUCAGUGAAUAGAAUUAGGACUUUAUGGCUAUUUUUUUUAAAAAAAAAAAAAACCAACAGUCUGCUUACCUCUUUGUGUGCCAUCUUUACCCUUUUUUUUUAAGUAAUUUUUUUAGCUGAAUUUGUGCUUACCAGUAUACUCCCUUCACUAUUAAUACCAUUUAGAAAUAAGCUAAUUGUAUCAGAGCCUUCAAUAAGAGCUGACAGCAUGUAUAUAUGUGUAUAUAUUAUGUAUAUACAGUACCAGGCAUGUAUGUGACUUGGAAUUUUGUUUCCUCCUUCAUAAAAUGUGGAAGUGAAUUAAACAACUUUUAGUCAUUUACAUAAAUUCACAAAUAUAAAGUUCAGUUUGUUAUAAGAUGAAGGAUUUACUUACAAUGUAAACUGUAUUAUUUGCAAACUCACAAGAGCCCUGUAAGUUAUUAUUAAUGAAAGCUAAUGAUAAAUUUGUUCAUUUAGCUGUCUGGGCAACUGAUCACAAACUCCUUUGUUAGACUCUUUAUUUCUCUAAAAAAGUCCAAUGAUAAUUUUCUUCUUUUUGGGGGGGGGGGGGGGGCAGGGGAGGGGAGAACACAACUUACCUUCCAUGCUUGGAAAGCCUGGUAACAAAUUGACUUGAAAUACAUAAACAAGUUGAACAACAUGCCAAGAAUAUAAUACCAGCCUUUAGAAGUUCCAAACCUAAAGCCAACAACACCAAGUCUUAGAGUACAAAGUACAUAUACACAGUGUAGCUUCUUUGGAGGAUUCAGACUAUUUAAGAAGUUUAUUUGAUGAAAAACUGCAUACCUCCUUAUACUGAGCUUUAGUGACAAAGCUAGUGACUAAUUUUCCUUUGUGUUUUAAAAAAAUCACUUUACACACAGACUUAGUCUUUUCUAAGUCUAAACUAAAAAAAUCUCACCACCUAAUAUGUAAACUUAUAGAAGCUACUCUACUGUGCUACUUACAUUAUAUGGAAUAUAAGUUUAUGAUCCUCUUUAAAAUUCAUAUUCUUCACUAUUAUCCUUUUCCUCUGAUAUAAACCAAAAACAGUACAGCUCAAUUUUCUUUAAACAUAGCCACAUAACAGUAAUUUUUUCAUUUUUCUUCCCCUCCACCCAAAAUACAGAUUCCAGGUUAGUUUCUAUGUAAAUAAUUUGUAAUCAAUAGGAAUUCAAAAGGUCAGUCCUCUUAGUCAAAUUAACAUGGCUAAAGGAUCUUACCACUGAAAUGGAUAGGAAGUAAUUUCAUCACAGGUUUUUACAGCCCACCUAGGGCCAAAGAAGUAGUGUAUAAAUUAAUAUUAUUUGUGUGGAAUCUACAGAAAUAAUUUGGCAUUGACUUUUGGUUGUUAAGCGUAGGAUACAAAUUUUUGUGUCUUGUACUGACUUGAAUAAGUUUGGGCAUAUAUUUAUCUGUCAAAACAAUGACAAGUUUUGUUUUAACAGCAAUGUCACUUCUCAUUUUCUUUGGUAACUUGAGUUGCCUUUUUAUUGGUUGUGAAUUUCUAAAGAUAUAUUAUGUAAAAGAACUACAAGAAAAAACAAAUGUACAGAUUGUAAAGUUUUUUUAUAUCUAAUGUAAGUUUUCUUUAUGUAAUAUUUAUAUGAUAAAAGACAUUAGGACCCCUAUA